CCUGGUCCCUCCUUCCUGCUCCAGCUGGGCCUGGGUCCUGCCACCGGGCCUUGGGUGGCCCCUCAGCUCAGAGCUCCUGGGGCUGAGAGACCACAGGAGGCUGGCAACCCCCUCAUUACCUCAAGGGUUCAUUAAGGAGACUUGCCAGUGAAGUGCGCCUUGGGCAGUGGCAAGGGGAUGUGGAUUCGUGGACGGCACCAAGGAGUUACAUAAGACGGGCCAGGAUGGAUGGGGACUCCGGGUGGGACCGCCCCAGACACGUGAGGGGGAAGCCGUGCACGCCCGCCCACCCGGGGAAGGGCAAGGGGCCUGUCUGAAACCAUCGCCUGGCGGGUUGAUAAGAGUCUCUGUGGGGAUUUAGGGAAGGAAGUCUCCGUUCUGGCCCGGAUCUAGCUCGGGGUCCAGCAGGGGUCACACUCUCAGGCUCAGGGAGGGAGGUGGCCACGAAUCUCAGCCCAGGCUCCAGGCCAGGGCGGCCCCGCCCCAGGGCAGGCCCAGCCCUGGACAUUUCAUAAGGCAGGCUGGCCACACAGCAGGACGCCAGGAGGAAGGACAGCUUGGCAGAGCCUCAGGAGGACAGCCGGCGCUCUCUCAUCCCCACCUUGUGACAAGGAAACUGAGGCAGAGAGAGGCGGCAGCUGUGGAGGCACUGACGACGGCCCUGGGCUCAGACUGGACUCGCUCUUGACAAACAACGCGCCAGCUGGAUGGACCCCUUCGAGGACACGCUGCAGCGGCUGCGGGAGGCCUUCAGCUCCGGGCGGACGCGGCCGGCGGAGUUCCGGGCUGCGCAGCUCAAGGGCCUGGGCCGCUUCCUGCAGGACAACAAGCAGCUGCUGCAGGAGGCGCUGGCGCGGGACCUGCGCAAGUCAGCCUUUGAGUCGGAGGUGUCUGAGAUCAGCAUCAGCCAGGGCGAGAUUAACUUGGCUCUCAGGAACCUGCGGGCCUGGAUGAAGGAUGAGACCGUGCCCAAGAACCUGGCCACCCAGCUGGACUCCGCCUUCAUCCGGAAGGAGCCCUUCGGCCUGGUGCUCAUCAUCGCCCCCUGGAACUACCCCCUGAACCUGACCCUGGUGCCCCUGGUGGGCGCCCUUGCUGCAGGGAACUGCGUGGUGCUGAAGCCCUCGGAGAUCAGCAAGAACACCGAGAGGGUCCUGGUCGAGGUGCUGCCCCGAUACCUGGACCGGAGCUGCUUUGCCGUGGUGCUGGGCGGGCCCGAGGAGACAGGGCAGCUGCUGGAGCACAAGUUCGACUACAUCUUCUUCACGGGGAGCCCUCGAGUGGGCAAGAUUGUCAUGGCCGCAGCCGCCAAGCACCUGACGCCCGUCACGCUGGAGCUGGGGGGCAAGAACCCCUGCUACGUGGAUGACAACUGUGAUGCCCAGACCGUGGCCAACCGAGUGGCCUUGUUUCGCUACUUCAACGCUGGCCAGACCUGCGUGGCCCCCGACUACGUCCUGUGCAGCCCCGAAAUGCAGGAGCGGCUGGUGCCCGCCCUGCAGAGCGCCAUCACCCGCUUCUAUGGCGAGGACCCCAGGGCCUCCCCAGACCUGGGCCGCAUCAUCAGUGAGAAGCACUUCCAGCGGCUCCGAGGCCUGCUGGGCUGUGGCCGCGUGGCCAUCGGGGGCCAGAGUGAGGAGAGCGACCGCUACAUCGCCCCCACGGUGCUGGUGGACGUGCAGGAGACGGAGCCGGUGAUGCAGGAGGAGAUCUUCGGGCCCAUCCUGCCCAUCGUGACCGUGAAGAGCCUGGACGAGGCCAUCGACUUCAUCAACCGCCGGGAGAAGCCCCUGGCCCUGUACACCUUCUCCAACAGCAGCCAGGUGGUCAAGCAGGUGCUGGCCCGCACCAGCAGCGGGGGCUUCUGUGGGAACGACGGCUUCAUGCACCUGAUCCUCGCCAGCCUGCCUUUCGGAGGAGUGGGGGCCAGCGGCAUGGGCAGCUACCACGGCAAGUUCUCCUUCGACACCUUCUCCCACCACCGCGCCUGCCUGCUGCGCAGCCCUGGGAUGGAGAAGAUUUACUCCGUCCGCUACCCACCCUACUCGCCGCGCAACCUGAGGAUGCUGCUGGUGGCCAUGGAGGCCCGGAGCUGCAGCUGCACCCUGCUCUGAGCCCACCGCGGGCACCGGGGUUCCAAGUCCCUCCUGGCAAUGCCUGGGUCCUCCUGUCACCUGUGGGUGGAGAUGUGGCCUCGGGUCCAGGGCACAAGGAUGAAAAGACCUGCCAGGGCCCCAGCCCAGCCCGGGGCUUGCCCUCCUCGGCCUUCCAUCUUCUGGCCCUCAGCCUCCUCCUCGGCUGCCCCCAAACUAGGAUGGCCACCUGCGUCCGGGAGAGGGCAGACGUGGGCACCUGUGAGCCACACCUUUCCCAUGGAGGGUGCAGCAGGAGGGGCGCCGACAUCUGGUCCAGGCCCCGUCGGGACCUGUGGCGACCCGGCCGUCUCUGCCCCGAGCGGCUCCCCCUCUGUACAGUGGACAGGACUAAUGAUCAGCAUCUCAGAUGCUGUGAGAUUACAUCUGGGAGCUUAAUAAACACGAGCUGCUGACCCCGA